GCCGGCCGCGCUGCGCCAAUCAGCGGCCGUCCUGCCGCGCGGAGGGCGGCGUCUGGCGCCGGGCCGGCAGCCGGCGCGGCCCGGCAGCCGGCCGGCCACCAGUUGCGAAUUGGCCUUGCUUCGUGCGAGUGUGCGGUGUUAUCCUCCGACCGACGCCCGGCCAGCAACCACGCUGAAUUUCGGUGACCUCGGGAGCCCGUACCCGGGCAUGUCGGCCACUCCGGAGGCACACGAGGAGCUCAAGCAGCCCUCGUUCAUGGAGCUGCCACAACAGGGCAUCCCGGGCAUGCACCCGGCCUACGGGCGCGGCCCGCUCGGCUACCCGGGCCAGCAGCACGUCUCCCAGUACGACCCGACGCACGCCAACCGGACGCUCAGCUACCACUUUCCGUCCAUGCACGGGCCGCUACAGAACAGCUACUCGGGCUACGCGCCGCUGGGGCCGUACCACACGCCGCCGUGCCCAUCGCCGCCCAUACGGGAGGACGACGACAAGCUGACCGAGGGCGGUGUCAGGGUGAACGGCAAGGGCAAGAAGAUGCGGAAGCCGCGCACCAUCUACUCCUCCCUGCAGCUGCAGCAGCUCAACCGGCGGUUCCAGCGGACGCAGUACCUGGCGCUACCCGAGCGGGCCGAGCUGGCCGCCAGCCUGGGCCUCACCCAGACACAGGUGAAGAUUUGGUUCCAGAACCGGAGGAGUAAAUACAAGAAGAUCAUGAAGGCGCACCAGAACGGCCAGGUGCCGCCGCAGUCGCCGCUGGACGAGUCGCCGCUGUCGCAGCCGAACCCGUCGGGCACGCCGGGCCUGCCGGACGGCUCGCCGCCGCCCUCCUCCCAGUCGCCGCUGGGCAUCACCCAGGGCAACACGUACAUCCCGCCCGUCAGCGGCUCCGGCGUGCUGCCGCCCAGCUCGCAGCACCUGCCGCUGGCGCCGCCGCCGACUCAGCGCGACCUCUCGCCAUCGCAGCACCAGCAGCAGCAGCCGCCGCCCCCUCAGCAGCAGCAGCACCAGCAGCCGCCGCCGCAGCAGGGCCCGCCGCCGCCGCCGCAGAGCCAGCAGCCGCUGCCGCCGCCGCCGCCGCAGCACGUCAUGUCCGGGGCGUCCCCGCCGGCGCCCCAGUGGGACAUCAAGCCGCCGCUCAGCCAGCCCGGCAUGAUGCCUAUGGCGUCGCAGGCCAGUCAGAUGAACAUGAACGCGCCGUUCAUGUCGCAGUACUCGUGGUACCCGUCCGACCCGUCGGCCAUGAACCACGGCCUGCUCACCUAGAGCGCUCCGCCGCCGCCGCCGCAGCGGCUCCGUCCAUCCGUCCCGUCCGAGCGCGAGCCCGCCGGCCCGGCGCCCACCGCGCCCCGGGGGCAGUGCAAUGUUAUCGGUCGGCCGGCGCCGUGACCUCCAGUCGUCAAUGACGGACACGCGGCCGUCCGUCCCGGCGACUCCAGCGCUGGCGCAGUGUCAAACGUGCGCCCGCCGGACAGUUUUUAUCGGCGGCGCGACCGUCCGUGUUGCAGUGUUGCGUUGUUGCCUGUGCCGCCGGCGCGGCGGGGCGGCGGUGUGGAGGUGUGCGGGUCCGGGACAGCCGAGCCGGCCGUCUGGGGCGCCCCUGUCGUCCCGGACUGAUCUCCGUGGCCGGCUCGCUCGCCGCAGAGCAGGCACCGGCCGUGUGUGCGCGCGCGACAUAUCUGGUACAAAUGUAAAUAGGCGCGCCGACGGCCGCCUGUGGAGCCGCGCUGCCGCGUCGACCGCUGCCUGUCCCGUCCGGUCCACCGGCCCGCGCCCGCCGCGGCCGCCCCGCCGCGCCGUCGGCCCGCCGUAUCUGUGUUAAAUGUACCAGCAGGAGCCGGCGGCGGGGCGGCCGGCCCGGCCCGACCCCUCCCAGACUCGCGCCCCGCCGCCAGCCGGUCCGAGAGAGUGGGUGCGUGUAUGUGUGUGAGUGUUGACGUUGAUUUCAUGUUGCCAGAGUCAGAGGGGGAGGUUGUCUCUCCCGCAGUGAGCCACUGUACAUAGAUUCAUCCGUGGCGGCGGCCGCGACAUGCGUCUGCGAUGUUUGGUGGUGCGUGUAGCCUGUACAUACCAUUAUACCUGCCCAAUGUGAGUACAGGGUUGUAAUCUGAUGUGACCGACCUGGCCGCCGUGAUCCUGAAUGUUCUGCUCUACCAUGUAGGAUGUACCAGUAUAUGAAUAUAGGGAGGAGCGAA